CUCAUCCUGUUAGACUUUCAGUAGGUAGAAGCAGGUCGUUAGUGGGGGCCUUUUUGUCAAGAGUUAUACCACAGUCUGCAGUGUUUUCAACCAUUCCUUGUUUUCAACUAUUACAUGAUAUGGCAGAGUGGGCCAACUACGAACGAAAGUCAGGAGAAUAGCCUCAACAAUUUUGCAUUUGAUUUCUUUCCUAAUUGGUUCUAUUACGAUGUUAAGCUUAUUAUUGCAUAACUACAGAUUGUUGGAAGUUGAAAGGUAAUUCAUUUAUCAAAGAAUCUAAAUUGUUUCAUUAAGAAAACUGAGACGAUGGUAGAAGAUGUUAAGAUUAUAUAGGUCUGAUCUUGUUUCUCUUUGUACUUCAGUAACAUCAUAAUCACUUUGUUUAAAAACUUCAAUUUACUCUUCACCUUCGACAUGUUUGAAGGAGCAUGGUGGAAAGGGUGAAAAACUCACCUUAUCCCCCAGUGGCACAUUUUAAUUUUCUCUGAGGAUGGAGUUGUUGGCUGCAACAACCGAUACACUUGGUUGUAUAUUGCUCUUAGACACUCAAGUCACUUCUUGUGGUGCAACUGUGAAAGGUUUGUUUAGUGACUUUAGUCUCGUAAUUAAUUUUGAAUAUAUUUUUAAAAGCUGGAGCCUCUUUUCUGAACAAUGGAUUUUGCUUACUGUUUCCGGAAUAUACUGAUGCAAACUGCUUGUUCAUGGAGAUGUUAAUCAGUAGAGAUUGCCCAUUCAAGUUCAUCUUACUAUUAACCAACAGAGUGACUAUUGCCUCCAUCCAGCUAGUCGUGCACGGAUGUUUCUUGGAAAGGAAUUCUUGAGCUUCACCUUUUACAUGUUUGAAGGAUCACCCUGAAAAGAGUGGAAAACUCACCUUGUCACUUAGUGGUACAUCUGCUGUAACAACCGAUUCACUUGAUCAUAAAUUUUGCUCUUACACGCUCAGGCACUUGUAGUGGUGCAAUUGUGGAAGAUGCUUUUAAUGUUGGGCGGUCAAGUCAGUGUUACUAGUUACUACUGUGCAGUCACCAUUGAAGAUGAUGUAGUUAUCAUAGCUUUCAGACUUUCAAAAGAUAGAAGAAGGUCCUUGGUGGAAGCCAUUUUGCCAAAAGUCAAAAGAAAAACCUCAAUGAUAGACUUAUUAUGAGAAUUCUGUGAUGGUGACAAUAAAAGACAUAGAGGUGGAGCUUGUAAGAAUCUUAACAGUUUUCACAAUCAUUGAUCUCUCAAGCCGUAUAUUCCAUGGACAGAUUCCUGAAGAGCUGGUUGAACUCAGUUCACUUCUAGUACUUAACUUCCCUUGCAACAAUCUCACAGUCACAGGUUAAAUUCCAUCAUCUUUAGAGAAAUAGGCAGAACUUGAAUCAGUAGAUCUCUUUUGAUGGCAUGGUAGGAUUCCUGAGCAGUUGACAAGUCUUACAUUCUUUAUAGUUUUGAACUUUUCAUACAAGGAACUUUUGAUUCACACUCUACAAGGGAAGUAGUUUGAUAAUUUUUCUAAAGAUUACUACAUUGGAAACUUAGGAUUGUGUGGAAUUCCAUUGACAAAGAAAUGCAAGGUGACAAAGAACCAGAAUCACCUUCUUCAAAUUUGAUGAAGUAGAAGAUGAAUCUGCAGCAUUAUUUGAUUGGAAAUUUGCAUUGAUGGGUUCUGGUUGUGGACUGCUGUUGGGACUAUGUCUUGGAUACAUUGUAUUCACAACAGGAAAACCAUUGUGGCCAGUGUAAAAGGUAGAGUUAUGUCAACAGAAGUUUGUGGGAUGGUACAGCCGCAGAAAUAAAAAGAGAAAAAACCAGCAACCUGGCCGAUGCUCUUAGCGAUGCUCGAAAUAAGCUGCAGGCAGCUGCACUUCUUUUCUUCCACUUAUAAGGAAUUUUAGCUUCGUAGUUCUUAGGUUUCCUGAUCCUUCUCCGUGGCCGAUUCAAUUCAUUUGAUCCUCUUCAUUAUUUUUGGAGACUUCGUGCUGCUUUCUUUGUCACUUGCUUAAUUAUUUACUUCAUUUGAUUCUUUGGUAUAUUUAGUUGGUUUAUAGGAUUUUAGAGUUUUAGGAGAUAGAAGGGAAAGCAAAGAACGUGAAUUUAUGUAGUUGUUUGUGUUUUUCUACAACAAUUUGGGGAAGCAAGCAACAACAGGUGAUUUUCAU